UGGAGAGAUUCCACGAAAGAAUCUGGAUGUCAUGAAGGAGGCAAUGUUUCAGGCAGAGGAAGCGGCUGCUGAGAUUACUAGGAAGCUGGAGAAACAGGAGAAGAAACGCUUGAAGAAGGAAAAGAAAAGGCUGGCUGCGAUUGCCCUGGUGUCUUCAGAAAACAGCAGUAGUACCCCGGAGGAAUGUGAGGAGACAAGUGAAAGACCCAAAAAGAAGAAAAAGCAAAAGCCCCAGGAGGCUCCUCAGGGGAAUGGAAUGGAAGACCCAUCUGUCUCCUCCAAACCCCCAAAAAAAUCUUUUUCCAAGGAGGAGCUGGUCAGUAGUGAUCUUGAAGAGACAGCUGGCAGUGGAAGUCUUACCAAGAGGAAGAAAUCUUUCCCCAAAGAGGAACCAGAUAGUGACCCUGAAGAGUCAGGAAACAAGAGGGUCCCCAAGAAAAAGAGGAAAUUCUCUUCCAAGGAGGAGCCACUCAGCAGUGGACCUGAAGAGGCUGCUGCCAGCAAGAGCCACAGCUCCAAGAAAAAGAAAAAGCUCCGAAAGCUAUCCCAGGAAAAUUAGAAUGGACAUUUCCCUAGUAGGGCAUAACUUACAGAGAUAUUUCCCAACCCAUCCCCUAUAG